UGAGGGUUUAAUUAAAGACAAUAGAAUAAGGGAUGCUUCACACAUUCCACAGCAGCAAUUACGUGUCUUUCCCAUAUUUACAAGCAACAGGUUGCCGGGGCUCCUUUAAAAUAUGCUUUUGUCUGCCUACACAUGCAUAUUUUACAACUUAGACCACAACAGCGUUAACACAGGACUUUACGAAGAUGUUUAUGUAUUUUAAGUUACACAGUAGCAUGUUCCUUAGAAUAAUCUAUAGCAAGCAAAGCCAUUAGGGACUACAUUCCCUGAGAGAGAUGAAGCAUACAGUGAGGAGAGCAGAUACGGAUGUUCCUUGACUUGCUUUUUCAUAGCUACAUACGGGUUUGAAAUAUGGCUUUAGGCCAUUAGAGAUGAAAAGCUAGUACAUUAAAAGCAACAGUGCUCUGGUGCAAUUUACAACUUCAUAUAUUGUUGAUUAAUGAAAGAUGACUAGUAGUCAAUCAGUCUAGUCCUGCUAAUCAGUUACUUGCCAGCAAUCUUUUAAAAGAUAAUCUUGUAGCCUUGGCUAGUUGCUUCAUAGAUGGCUUUGAAGAAGUGGUAAACUGCCAGAAAUGCCUGUGUGGCUGUUUUUCCAGUUUUCUCUUCACAGUAGCCACAAAUGGCAUUUCAUUUUGAGUGUCUUCUUCUAGCAAACAAGCUCUGUGCUGUCAGCAAACAAAUUCAUAUUCAUCCUAAGAUCAGUCUGCCACUUUUUUCUUUGUCCAACCUGUAGUCUAGGCAUUUCUUCCAAUAUUUCAAAAUACAGUUUAUUAGUAAAACAGUCUUUAACUUGACAGUCUCACAGCAAUGUUUCAACCAUAUUUAAAUGUUGGUAUAUCAUGAAAGCUGGAGAUAAGGGUCUUUUUCUUGCAGAAAAUGGCCUAUGGAUGGUUUAGUCUGAGGAAUUAAUGUUUCCCUCUCUCUUUGCAGAUGAAGCAGAUUAUGGAAACUUUGGUUCAAACACCUUAACAAGGAAAAAGAAAGCUCUGGUGACCCUCCGGAAUGACAACCUUCGCCGGCGCCCCCAUGUUAAUAUCAGCAUGCCUCAGGACUUUAGACCAGUGUCUUCCAUCAUUGAUGUGGAUAUUCUACCUGAAACUCAUAGAAGAGUACGACUGUAUCGACACGGGUGUGAGAAACCACUUGGAUUCUAUAUUCGGGAUGGGACCAGUGUAAGAGUGACUCCUCAUGGGUUGGAAAAAGUUCCUGGCAUUUUCAUCUCACGGAUGGUUCCUGGGGGCUUAGCUGAAAGUACAGGCUUGCUUGCUGUCAAUGAUGAAGUCCUGGAAGUGAAUGGUAUAGAAGUGGCAGGAAAAACCCUUGAUCAGGUGACGGACAUGAUGAUUGCCAAUAGCCAUAAUCUUAUCAUCACAGUCAAGCCAGCAAAUCAAAGGAACAAUAUUAUCAGAAGCAGUCGGAUGUCUGGGAGCUCUGGUCAGUCUACAGACAGCACUGCCAGCCAUCACAGUUUGCCUUCUUCUCAUGUCCUGCAGAACUUCCACCCUGAUGAAAUGGAGAGUGAUGAGGAUACUGACAUUGUAAUUGAGGGCUGCCUGGAACCACAGCCCAUUCCAAAAUCUCACAGUCUUCCUUCUAGUAGCCUUUCCCGAAUCAAUGGCAACAGUCUUAGCCACAGACUACAGAGAGAACUAGGACUCAACAACAGUUUUGGACGAGAAAGCAACGGCAAUAUUCACAAAAUCCUUAGUUCCUUAAAAACUGAUCCUCGUCAUAGUUUAGUUAUUCCCAAAGGAGGCGUUGAAGAGGAUGGAACAGUGAUAACACUUUAGUGGCUGUUUUGAGUUUGUAUUUCUGUAAUCUGGAAGUGCCAACUGGAAUGAUUCAAUCUACAUGCAGAAGAGAGAGAACCGUCACUCUCAUAAACAUUCUGGUGUAUGAUACAUGUUACUUUCCAGGAAGGACAAUUUUUGUAAUUAGACAUAAAAGUAUUGUCUAGUGUAACCCAUGCAAAAUUGUAAAUAUGAUUUCUGCUUCCAUGUUCAAAAUGAGGGAAAGAACAGAGUCCUAUGUUUUUAAAAUCCUAUGAAAAUCUUCUAGCUGGGGUAAAUUAUGUAUCUGCCGUACGUAUGAAGAUACUCGGCGUACAUGUAAUUAAUUUGGAAAUUAACAAAACCUGGAAUACAUGUUCAUGAAUUAAUCUUGGUUGAAAAAUACAAUUAUGUUAUCUUCCAAAAACUGAUUUUCUGCCACUAGGUAACUGCUCCCUAGCUUUUUUACACAAAAAACUGGCUGUAUUGUACCUAAAUCUGGAAAAGGCUGCCCUUAAAGAACAGCUUUCUAUCCUGACUAUAGUUGAGGGCAUGCUGCAUUUACUCCUUUUUUUCCUUUGGGAAUGAAACUUUGACCAAAUGAUUUUGUGUUUGUAUAUGUGUGUAUGUGUGUGUAUAAAAUCUUACAUGGACAAGGAAUUGCUAUUGUUAGCAUAAUUUCUUUUUAGAUCAGCACCCCCUGCUGGUCAUUGAUAGUUCUGUCUGCAUAAACUUAACCUUUCUGUUUAUCUGAAAAAGAUGCAGCAUGAAUGCUGGUUUAGUUAAUGCACCACAAUAACGUGGAAUGUGCAUUCUAUUUUUAUUAUUAAAAUAUUUAUUAGACAGAUAUUCCCAUUUUAGUGACCAUUGAUUUCACCUUUUGAUCUUGCUAAUGGUAUUGAAUAAAUAGAACUUAGAAUCAUGUUAUGCCUCUGUUCUAAAGUAUCAUGAACAAUUCAGCUAAAUUUGCCUUAUCAUUUAGAAUUAAAAUAAAUUCACUGAGUCUUUAAUAAUUAAAAUAUUCACUUGAGGAGGGGCAGCCUAUAUUAUUUGUUUUCUAAACCUUGUUGAACUACCUGCUCUUCAGAAAUCUAAAAUGCCAGCUGCACUGUAAGGAUUAAGUCAGUAACAGACAAUUCUAAAAGAACCUUGCUCCCAGCUCUGCUUUCCUAUUCCAUAAAAUGCCACAAGUUGUUAAAAUGGUUUAUAGAGAAAAUAUGAAUAUAUUCCUGAGAUGCCUAAAAAACAAAAUAUAAUUGUUUUACAGUGUAUUUUUCUACUUUUAGCUUUAUUAUUUUCUUUGUUUUUUACUGUAUAGUAUUGUAUAUUAAA